ACACAUGGACAUACUCAGAUACUGACACGAAUUGUCGAGCAACAGACUUUUGCAAGAACAUAGCCUGAAAAAAAAUUAGAAACAUCGACAAAAAUGGCCGAACCGUUUGUCGAAACUCGAAUCCCACAGCAAAAGCUCUACGAAUCGAAACCUUUCCCGGCGGUAAUCUCGCCGUCACUCCCCGCUCCGUCUCUCCCACUCUUCACACAAACCAUCACCACCCACAAACCCUAUCUCGACUCCCUCCUCCACCGAUCCGGAGCCGUCCUCUUCAGAGGCUUCCCCGUGAACUCCGCCACCGACUUCAACGACGUCGUUGAGGCUUUCGGUUUCGACGAGCUUCCUUACGUAGGAGGCGCCGCGCCACGCACUAGCGUCGUAGGACGUGUCUUCACCGCCAACGAGUCCCCACCUGAUCAAAAGAUCCCAUUUCACCACGAGAUGGCUCAGGUUCCUGAGUUUCCAUCAAAGUUGUUCUUUUACUGCGAGGUGGAGCCUAACUCUGGAGGAGAGACACCUAUCGUGUUGAGUCACGUUGUGUACGAGAGAAUGAAGGAGAAGCAUCCAGAGUUUGUUCAGAGGUUGGAGGAACAUGGUUUGGUCUACGUCAGGGUUUUAGGUGAAGAUGAUGAUCCUUCUUCCCCCAUCGGCCGUGGCUGGAAAUCAACAUUCUUGACUCAUGACAAGAACGUUGCUGAGGAAAGGGCGGCUAAGCUAGGAAUGAAACUGGAGUGGACCGAGGAAGGAGGAGCCAAGACUAUAAUGGGUCCAAUCCCAGCGAUCAAGUUUGACAAGUCGAGGAAUCGUAAAGUGUGGUUUAACAGCAUGGUGGCUGCUUACACAGGGUGGGAGGAUAAGAGGAAUGAGCCAAGGAAGGCUGUGACUUUUGGAGAUGGGGAGCCUUUACCGGAAGAUAUAGUCCAUGACUGUUUAAGGAUACUCGAAGAAGAAUGUGUUGCUGUUCCGUGGCAGAGAGGAGAUGUUCUGCUGAUAGACAACUGGGCUGUUCUUCACUCACGUAGACCGUUUGUUCCUCCUCGCAGAGUGCUUGCAUCGCUCUGCAAAUAGAUUGUUAUAUUGUCUUGUUCCACAACCUGUAUACAAACUCAUCCUUAUGGUAUUGUCACACGUGACUAAAGCUUUGUAUUCUUAGCUACUAGUGUCUUACAUUAUUCCUUAGAGAAAGAAUAAAAAUUCGAAGUCA